UUUAGUCCUCGGAACAGGUAUGCGCUUCCCCUUUCCCGGAGGACGGACCUGAAUUGAACACUCGACGGGAUGAACACCAAAAAUUUAUAUACUACUAAUAAUAGAAAUUAGAAGAAGAAGAAAAGAAAACCUAGCGAGAGUCUGCUCAUGAAUCUUUCUAUUUUCUUCUGAUUCAUUGAAUGUGAAUAGAAGAAGCAGAUGAUGAGGCUGCUUCUCCAAAUCCUAAGGAACAAUUCUUCACUGAAGAGUGAACUGAAUGGUGGCACAAAAGCUUCGGCACUUCCCAAACUCUUUUCUCGCUGGCUUCACGCUCCCACACAACCACCAUCGUUUGGCAUUGCCUUCGACAUUGACGGCGUCCUUCUCCGGGGCGAAACUUCCACCGGCGGCUCUCCUCAAGCUCUCAGGCGUCUCUACUACCACUCUGCAAAUUCCUGCUCAAUCAGUGCUUUGAAGGUUCCUUAUGUUUUUCUGACAAAUGGAGGUGGAGUUCCUGAAUCUGAAAGAGCCAAGGAGUUAAGCAAACAGUUGGGUGUUGAUAUUUUGCCCUUGCAGGUUAUACAGGGCCAUACUCCAUUCAGAGAACUUGUUAAAAGUGCUAAGGUUUAUGUAUUCCUGUAUCAGUUGAAGGCAUUGCUUCUUGAUUCUGAAAGAUCAAAGAUCAUCAAGAAACUUAGUGAUGCUAAUCAGUACAAUCGAGUUCUGAAACGACAGUUGCAAAGCAAGGAGGAUUCGUUGGUUAAUUUUAAAAGUGAACUUGCUGUUCUGGAGCUGGAGAUUCAGGCAUUGGUCAGUUUAGCUGAAGAAAUUGCUAAUUAUGAAAUUCCAGAAGGUUCGAGGAAGAUACGUGGGAGGUACAUUCAGUCUCACCUCCUUUCAAGGCUAGAAGCUGUACAAGAAAAAUUGAGGGAACAGACAAAGGAUGUGGAUGCUGCUCAAUCCAAAGAGGUUCCUUUAUAUUGGUAUGGAGUGGCAGAGAGUGUACAAGUAAUGGGUUCCUUUGAUGGAUGGAGUCAAGGUGAGCACCUAUCACCAGAGUACACUGGUUCUUACACGAAAUUCUCCACGACAUUGAUGCUGAGACCUGGAAGGUAUGAAAUUAAAUUCUUGGUUGAUGGAGAAUGGAACUUGUCGCCAGAAUUCCCUACUAUUGGUGAAGGGUUGAUGCAAAACAACUUGUUAAUCGUGGAAUAGCUUCAAUUUGCCGACUUGGCCGUAUUAGAUGUGUUAAGUGCGAAACUCUUUUGCCUAGAAAAUUGUAAUCAAAUGAUCUUCUUAGAAAUCUUACUCUAUUUGCUUCACCAAACUGCGGAUGCAAAAUGCCUCUGGACUCCAUUUGCUUGGUGUCAUAUGUUUCCUUUUGGCUUAGCUCAGGAAAAGAAGAAUAAUAAUACUGGCAAACUAAGGAACAACGGCAAAAGAAAAAUAGGAAGAAGGCCAUUUUUAGAAAAAUAACUCUGAAGUUGUUUUUCAGAACUGUGAUUUCCCUAUCUUGGGAAUAGUAAUAAAGACGACGCUAUUUCUUUAA